GAAUCCGGAACCCCUAUCAAAAACCCUCGACUCCUGUCAUUCACAAGGGUUUUUCGCAGCUUUAAAUCCUCUAUAGAGUCGAGAGAGAGAGAGAGAGAGAGAGAGAGAUAAUUGGGGAUUAGGGUUGGGGCUUUCUCUUUCUAGAAAGUGAAAAAUGGAGGGCAUCACAGAGGCAGUGAAGAAUAUUGACAUCACGGACUCUUCGUCCAACAAGAGGAACCGCAUCCAAGUCUCAAACACCAAAAAGCCCCUCUUCUUUUACGUCAAUCUCGCCAAGAGGUACAUGCAGCAGCACAAUGAGGUGGAACUGUCUGCUCUGGGAAUGGCUAUUGCCACGGUGGUUACCAUUGCUGAGAUUUUGAAGAACAAUGGACUGGCUGUUGAGAAGAAGAUCAUGACUUCCACUGUUGACAUGAGGGAGGAUGCAGGGGGUCGACCCAUUCAAAAAGCAAAGAUUGAAAUAAUGCUGGGGAAGUCAGAGAAGUUUGACGAGUUGAUGGCUGCUGCUCUAGAGGAAGCCGCAGAAUAUGAAGAGCAGAACUAAAGUGACAUGUUCUCUGCAAUUAGCUUGGUCUACUUGCUGUUACAGUUUUUUUUUUUUUCAAUUGUUAUUAUUAUCCUGGACAUCUAUGAUAGUGUUUCUUA